AUCAUAAUUGUGCGUGAUUCGGUCGCCGGUUUAGGGGCAGUGUCUGAGAGGUUCAAGAAUCCAAAAAGCGCAUUUACUAGAAAAUCCUACGAAAAUGGAUGAGGAAUACGACGUUAUUGUUUUAGGGACAGGUUUAAAGGAAUGUAUCCUCAGUGGCUUGAUGUCCAGGGAUGGGAAAAAGGUGCUGCACAUGGACAGGAACUCAUAUUAUGGAGGGGAAAGUGCAUCUCUAACACCUCUUUCUCAGCUGUUUGAACAUUUCGAGAAACCUGUACCACCUGCUGAAAAGUAUGGUCGACAACGUGACUGGAAUGUUGACCUCAUCCCAAAGUUUCUAAUGGCUAAUGGAAAGCUAGUCCAGCUUCUGGUGUAUACUGGUGUGACUAAAUACCUAGAGUUCAAAAGCUUGGAUGGAAGCUACGUGAGGAAGAGCGAUGGCAAACUUGCCAAAGUACCAGCUGAUGAGAAAGAGGCUUUAGCUUCAUCAUUAAUGGGAUUGUUUGAAAAACGUCGUUUCAAGCAGAUGCUUGUGUAUGCUCAGGAAGCCGAUGUAGACAACCCUUCUGCUAACAAAAACAAAAAAGUGGACUUAGACAAUUGGACUUCGUCACAAUUUUAUGGUCAUUUUGGUGUCGACAAAAACACACAGGACUUUACAGGACAUGCCAUUGCUCUUUACUUGAAUGAUGAUUAUCUUGAGAAAAACUGCAAGGAGCUGAUCAAGCGCAUAAAGCUGUACUCCCAGUCUUUGACCAGAUAUGGCAAAUCUCCUUAUCUAUAUCCACUGUACGGACUUGGAGAACUUCCCCAAGGAUUUGCCAGAUUGAGUGCUAUUUACGGGGGAACUUACAUGCUUGCAAAGACAGUGGAUGAGAUAGUAAUGGAGGAUGGGAAAGUGGUAGGAGUUCGGAGCGGUGACGAGGUGGCAAAGACCAAGAUGAUCAUCUGUGAUCCAUCAUAUGUACCACACAAAGUCCAGAAGACUGGCAAGGUCGUGAGAGCUAUCUGUAUUCUGAAUGGAAAGCUGGACGGAGUUAACAACAGCGAAUCACUCCAGAUCAUUAUUCCCCAGAACCAACUCAACAGGAGAAAUGAUAUCUACAUCUGUGUGCUGUCCCAUCAGCAGUGUGUGACUAGUAAGACUCACUACCUUGGAAUCGUCAGUACCACCGUGGAGACCAGUAAUCCGGAGGCAGAGUUACAGAUUGGCAUUGAUAUUCUCAAUGGCAAAGACAGAAACAAUAUUGAAGACAAAUUUAUUGCUGUAGCUGACAUGCAAGAACCAAUGGAUGAUGGAAAAGCAGAUAAUAUAUAUGUGUCAACAUCGUAUGAUUCUACUUCACAUUUCCAAACAACUUGCGAAGAUGUCAUCAACAUUUAUAGAAGAGCGACUGGUAAUGAAAUGGACCUCACAAAAAUGCCUCACAUGGAUAAUCAAGAUGAGGAACAGCAAUGUGCGCAGUAACCAGACACGAUCCAUGUCUGUGAUCAUAAACACUAAUGUUGAUGCUAAACUGUUUUCCGAGAUGGUUGUUUGACAAACACGCUGCAGGAUAUUUUUCCCAUAAUUUCUUUUUCAGAGGAAUGCUGUUUUAGUCUGAAUUAAUCUUGUUUCCUCGGAAUGGGUCGAUACCCUGAUAAGUGCGAAAUUGGAACAAAGGUGAUGAUAGAUUUUGGCCUGAAAGAAGGUAUGGUGACAAUAUGGAGGCCAUUGCUGCAAUGUUGACACUUGAAAAUCUUGUGUUUUUUCACUGGAGAUGAAACCUUGGAUGAUGUAGAAAGUACAACUUCUACAUUUCUAUGUCUUUAACAUUAUUUAUUAUGCAUCAUGUGACGAAUUAUACUUGUGCAACAUCGGCCUGAAUCAUUUGUUAGUUUUAAGCAUAACAAUGUUUUCCCUUGGUAUAUAUGGUGCAUGUUUGAUUACUGUGUAGUAUUUCUUCAAUUAUCGUCUGACAUUAGAAUUGACACGGGCACAAAUUUUUCCAGUUAGCUCUAACAAAUUGAUUUGUACACUUCAAUCUGCUUCAAGCUGCCAUGUCAACAAAUCAGUCUGUAGAAUAAGACUCUUACAAUAGAUGGAUGGGUAUCAUCGCUCUUGUCAGAAGAUUCUCUUAGAUUUUCAUUCAUUUAACAAACCCCAUUAUGUUGUUAAAUAUUUCUAAAAAUUCUUUUAUCUGUCCCUUGCAGUCAUCCCAUCUCUUAUAUACAAACUAUCACAAAAUCUGUGAAAUGCUCAAACAUGUUUUGGAACUAGCAUGCAAAUGAUAUGAAAGGAAGUUUGAAAAAAUUAAAUUAAAAGACAAUCACUUAUUCUGAAACAAUUAUCUUUGUAUAACCCGCUUUUCUGUAAUAAUGCACACAGGGGUAAGGGUAACUUUCAAACAAUGUUGAAUUCAUUUCUUCAUUAUUCUUAUUUUAUGUGUUUCAGUAGAGUGACACUUUCGGCUGCCGGGUUAAAAUGGAAAUGGCAAUACAUGCAACUUUCAGAAACAGUCAAGCUUUGAUUUGUGCCGUUUUGUUUCAAAAUUUAUAUAAUGACAGUUGUAUAUAUGUGUAUAUAUAUGUAACAUAUAAAUAUAUUCUCUGUGUAGACAUUGUGGCUAGACUUCCCAGACUGGGUCCGUAUUUCUCGAUAAAAAAAAUAUUAAACAGCAAAUUCAUUUUUUCCUCUAAAAACGUCUCUUUCACUUCAAUAUUUAUAGUAUUUAUAGACUUCUUCAGAUCCUAAUCCUGUAUAUUGUCAGUAAACUUUUCGUUUGCUUUUUAUUGGACGGUUUUUAAUUUCUCUCCUGAUAAAUAAGUACAGAAAUAAGAUCUGAAGUACUGUUGAUCAUACGUUUACCGAGUAUUAUUGAUAUAAGUACAAUAUUUAACACCUUAAAGUGAUAUUACAUUACCGUAUACAAGAGAGAGAAAAGUUGGAUUUUGCAUUUGAAAUUUUUUGAAAGUGCUUCAUUGAUUAACUCUAAAAAAGAUAUGCUAUCAACUUAUAAUUAAGGUAGAAUUAAACUCUUUGAAUUUUUUAAGCUUGAACCUUUUAUUAUCGAGAAAUUCAGCUCUCAACCUGGACCUCUGUAUUGCAUAUGUCAUAAUUACUGUGCGUUGCCAUGGUUUUUGACGGAUGUGAGUUAGUAUGCAAGAGAUUACAUGGAGCGUAAAUUAGUCUAAUCUGCAAUACUUAGCACUAACACUGGAGAACUUCUAAGGUAUGCCUAUAGCCGAACAAUUAAAGUGAUAAAUUAUGAUAAAUCUCCAAAGAUCAUCAUUUAAUCAAGAAUAAUCAGAAAAAUUUGAAAUUCAAAAUAUAUGUUCUGUUAAAGAAAAUAGUUUUAAAUACACGAUGUGUGUAUAUUUGUUUAAAUAUUUGUCAAUUUGAAGUUGAAUUUUAAUAUCGGUCAUAAAUACUCCUAUAAUCAUAAUGAUUAUAAUCAUGACGAGAUAUUUUUUAUGAUAUGUAAAAUGCAAAAUGUAUUUUAUACUAAUAAACAUUCACGGAAAAAUGUAUAAAGCUCUGUUGGUGAAAUUUGAGGUUGAGUAGAUAAAUAAAUUGAGUACAAGUUGUGGUUGUUAUUUGAUUAAUUUGUCCUGUAGAUGACGCCAUUCUAUAGUCUGGAGAAUGCAAGAUCAUGUGUAGAGCUAUUGUAUUGGGUAUCUCUAUCCUUAACAUGGUGUGUGGAAGAAAUUUGACACAUUGGCCGCCCAAUACAUCUUUUUUUCUGCAGCUGUAAUUAGAAUUAUGUACAAGAAGAACUUGCUUUCUCCUUAAAGUUCUCCAAAAAAAUUGCAAUGCAAUAGCAGGCCUGCUUUAUGAAUUAAAUGUGAAUGUAUUUCUCACACUGAUCGAUUGCUUUUUACACAACUUUCAAGAUUGUUUUAAUACAUAAAACUGCUUUGUGAUUCUGUCAAAUCAAGAAAAUAAUUCCUUUACAUUAAGAAGUUUCCGUUAGUCUUGUUGCAUUUAGAUGCAGUAAUGUGUGGUAUGAGUCCGAGUGGCGGGAGGAUGAGGGAGAGUGUCGGAGGUUAUUUGGUGAGUUUAUUUUUUUCUUGCCUAUUGUCCGAUAUUUUGGGGAGUAUAUGUACUAAGCUUUCAUUAUAACAUAUAGAUGUAUUCCUGUGAAGCAAAUUUAAGGUAUGUCACCCUCUUGUCCAAUACCAUGCUUACGAAAGUAAAUAAAGGUACAGAACAAGCACAA